AUGACGUAUGCGACGUUAGGGGCUUUAUUAGCAGACUACGUUAUAAAAAGAGGUCUAGUGGGGGAUCCACAAGGAUAUAUGAAAAGUUUAUGGAAGGAUAUAGAGGCACAACUGGACAAGUUUAUACAACAUUUGAAAGACCAAGAACUGGACGAGGCAUAUUCUGUGAAUUGCAAGAACACUGCAUGGCAGCGCCCGGGCCAACCGACUAACAUAACCUACGUAGUUACAAACAUGGGUGACAGAAUUAUAUGCAGACUUAUGACUAAAGCGUUGUAUUUCCUGAAUGGCUGGAGUAUAGGAUCAGGCACGGAUAUGGAAGAUGCUACUGGCGGAAACAGGCAAUUGAGGAAUUUUAUUAGGUGUACAAUCGUGCACAUGUUCAUGCACUUGUUGAACGAGUCCGCAUGUGCGAGUACAUGGGGCACAUUCUACGCAUGGUAUUCAAUGCGACAAAUGGGGGACGUAUCCUCAUCGAGUACGAAUUUAGUAUAUUCCGGCGACUGUGUGCAAAAUUCCGCAGUGCACCUACAAGUGGGUGAGUGGAGCAUGCAACAUGCAGUGAAGGAGUGGUUGAACAGAAAUGUAGACAUAAAACUAAAAUUAAACAGAGGUAGCUUCGGCAAGAAUUGUCGUCUUGCAGUGCCAAAAACUACAGGAAGCAAGCAUGCUGCAACAGAUCAAGUAGAUGAGGACACUUUGCAGAAAAUAAAGGACAUUGAGGGGAAUUUACAGACAGCAAUGAGGAAGGUAUUGAGGAAAAUUAAAAAGGAAGUGAAGGAAGAAGCGAUAGCAGCAGGAGACAUAAGUGCAGAGAGCUCCGCUGCGCCAGAGUCGGACGAUGAUGACGAUGAGCAGCAGGAAGCGAAUGGUAAGAACAGUACAGGAGCAGCGUUCUACUCAUACGGGCAAUACCACUACGCAUAG